AUUUACUUCUUCGAGGGAACAUUAUCCGAGUCAGAGUCAGCAAUUGAUUCAUCUAUUGAAGUUCUUGACUCAUAUUAUCUAUCUAACUUACUCUCAACCCGAUUUAGUAAUUCACGAUGCUUACUUUUCCCAUACAAAGAUACAACAAUAUAAUACUGCUUAAAUCCUUCUUCCUAUAAUUCAUAUUCCAAAAUGAAAUCAUAAUUAUAAUUUACAAAAAAUAAACCCACCAAAUAAUAUAAUAAACAUUGGCCUACAAUACCUACCUACCAUCAAAACCCAAACUCUAAUCUUCACCCUCCCUCACACCACAACAUUCCUCCAUCCAUCCCCUUCUCUACCCCACACCAAAGAACAGAUCAUCUGUUCCUCCAGCCAUGAUCCCUCCACGAAUAAACAUUCCCUAGACAAACCUCAUCCAUCCCAUCACAGCCCUCCAUGACGGAAAAAUCGGACAUCGAAGAGACCGAGCCCCCAAGCUCAAAUCCUUACCCGCAGCCAUGAAAGCCAAGCAAUGCCACUCCGUGCUGUCACGGCCAUGCCUACGUACGUACCAUACCGUAGAUAGAGGAUAGACAUCGAACAAUUUAACUUUCGUCUCCAGAAUCCGGCGUAUCUGAUCACCAGCAUAUCAUUUGCCCCAGGGCCAAUAUAGAAGAAAUGGAAGGCAUGUCUUUGAAGUUAAAAUAGUAAAGAGGGUAUCUACCGCAAAGUUUGACUGCCGUGUUUUGAAGGAGGGAUGGAUGCGUCGAGGCUUGCUUGUAUUUGGGAUGUGCUAAUUACGAUAUGUGCGAGAGAUAGAUGGAUGGAUAGAUGAAGUAUUCUUCACUGUGAUUGAUUUCAGGCUCGUCGGUCUGAAUGUAUCUCUCUAUCUCUCUGUAAUCCAGUGAUAGUAUCCAAAGUGCGAAUUCCCAAUAUCUAAUACCCAAUAUGCAACCAUUCAUCCCUCUUCACCAACCCAUCUCUUCCACCCCAUCUCUCCUCAACCUUCACCUUCUCACCUAACCCAUCCAAAAUCUAAAAUCUAGACCCCACGAGUUCAACCACGCAAUCUCCAUGUGCUCCUCCCCUCCGCUCCCCAACUCUAAAUCCAUUCAUCUCCAUCUCAUCCUCCUCCUUACCACAAACAUCCAAUCACACCACGCUCUCCGUAUCCCACAAACUUUAUCCAUCAACCAUCAAUCGACUCCCCAGAGACUCAUUUCAAUACACCUACAUACCCAUACCCGCCACGCUUCGCAACGAGACGAAACGAGAUAAGACGACACAAGAAGACAGGAGGCUGAGCUGUAUAUGCAUUUGUAACCAUCAAGUAAUCAGCAACUAUCAACAAUAAACUUUCCACCUCCGUCUGCAUCUCCAUCCUCAACUUAAACUUUGCAACCCCCAGCCCAUCUCAUACCCAACCAACCAACUAGGAGAUCAGCAAAUCAGUAAACCGGCAAACCAGUAAACUUUAUUCCAUCACUACCGAACCCCCUUAAAAUACACAAUAGGUACCACCCACAACCAAAUAUACAUACAAGCUACCUAUCGACCUCCCUAAAUAGUAAUAACCACCCGCGCCUACAAACCCAGAUGUGCACAUCUCAGAUACGGAACCCCGGAAGCACCGGGAGGAGAGUAGGGGAAUCAGGGAACGAUAAACAGUUUCAACGGGUGGGAAGGGGUCUGCUGAUUUGCGUGCGUGCGUGCGUGCGUGCGUGCCCGCAGAUGCUCGGCGUUGGGUACAUGGUUGUGUGAGCAGAUAUGUAUAUAUGUGUGUGCGUGUAUGUAGGUACUAAAGAAGGAAAUACACUGUACAAGGAGACAAAGUUAAAGUGAAGAUUAGACUUUGGAGAGACGCAAAGAGGGAAAUAGAGUUGCCUUGGGUUAGGGUACCGGUAGGUGAGGAUCGGUGACUGGGAUCGGCAGAUGUUAUGAGUUUGUGUAACAUGUGGUCGUUUUUAAGGUUUGAUAACUUUGAUGGAUGGGUAUGUAUGCUGGGGCUGUGAGAGAUACGCUCGUAGGUACGUACCUGAAGGAUUGGAUUACUUGUUCAUCUGAUUCGAUUUCGGGAGGGGUGAUGGGGUUUGAUUUGUUGAUGCGUAGGGUUGGAUAUGGAGAUGUGUUCGUAUUAUGUGGGUAUCGUAUGUUGGGUUAUAAAUAACUGGUGAUGCAUUUUACCAUGGAUGAUUACAGAAAUUGGAUUCCUAUUCUUAUCACCAUAUUUCACAUGACAAUUAAUCAAUAGCUCUCACAUUUUCUCAUCCAACUCAUCACCUCAUCACCUCAUCUAUUCCUCUCUACGUCGUACAGUCCAAAAUAGCUACUCUGUACUUCUACAAAACACCACACCCCUUCCAGACACCCUGUCCACAACCCCUGCAAACCCAUCACUGCAAACUCAAAAAUCAACAUUCUAGGUACUUUCUCAGCACCACAAACUCAAAACCCCAAAAUUUCAGCUCUCGAAUUCCAUCGAACUUCCACAUCCGCAAAUCCAACAUUCCCAUCUCGUAUCGCAUGGACCUCUUCCGGAUGAACGGAGAAUUCCGCUGAAUUCCAGAAACAAAGUUCGAGGAAACUCAAUGUCAAUCCAUACUGGUGAAUAUCAUGCCACUGCGAGACCUACCUAGAUGAGUAGACUUCAGGUACCGGAGGGUUUCAGGGUUGUGAGCAUGCAUUAUGAUGAUAUCGUAUAGAAUGCGAAAAAAAAAGUAAGAUAGUUUAUUCUCAAGGCUCUGUUUCGUAGAGCCCUGCAGUCUACGAGAUCCCCAGGGUUUCUUCACUUACGGGGUCUUCCUUGUGCCAGACGGUCUCAUGUCCAUUAUUCUUUAUGUCAAGAUGGACGUUAAGGCCCCUCUCAUUAUGUCAAGAUAGAAGUCACCAUGCAGCGUUUGUUCCAAUGUGACACAACCUACCGCCGCUGGUUUCGCGCCCAGAUGUAAUCGUACCCGGUCGACAAAAGUGCCCCAAUCCAUGUUUACACGAGGGACACCGGGGCUGCUUCAGGGCUGGAAUCGCUUUCGGACAGAGUCAUAUAUCGGAUGCAGUAAUAUAUCGUAUCAUGUGUACCCGAUCAUCUCGCGACUCGGAGACUUCAACGCCGUCUUGGCGGAAGUUUUCAUCAUCGUCAAACAUCACGGUGAACGAAGAUACCUCCGCCUAUCAAACACCUUACGAGUACCUGGUGUACAAGACUUACAAGACAAUUGCUGACAAAUUGUCAGCACACCUAAGCCGCUCCACUGUAAGCACUGAACCAAACUUUUGGGAUGGAAUGCGCAUGGAUUUUUGCAUUCUUGGGUCCGGUGGGAGAUUGUCUAGCGAGACCUUCCGCAGCAUUGAUGCCAUUCCUCGCAUCCUCUUGUGA